CACCAAUGAAUUGUUAUCUUACAACAAGCUGCUGAAUGAGAAGAUGGAGAAGCUCUCUUUGGAGUUGUCCAACGUACCUCCGUCCGAAGUUUCCUCGGAGGACGGUGGUGAAUGGCCAGAGGCAUAUAAUACCAUAAUGAACAAUUGUUUUAAUCAAGCAAAAGAGUUGGAGCUGCUGCAAUCUCAACUUGAGAAAAGUAAAGAGGACUUCCGAAUGUUGCUGAAUGUCAAGGAUGAAAUUGAACGUAGCCUCGGAGAAAAGGAACGAGAAUACCUGGAACAAAUACGGCAAUGCGAAGCCGUUACGACUGGUCAGGCUGGCAUGAUCGAUUCCAUGGAAAUAUUGUUGAAAGAUCUCGAAGGGAAGAUGGAUAAAUUGAUAAACGAGAAAAUACAACAGCAGCAGGCUGCUGCCAACGAAAAGAAGAAGAAGACUCAUCGUAAACAAAAUUCGAGCAUAAGUUCAAUGAAGUCGCUUCGCCACCAAAACAGCAAUAGCGAACUCUCACACUCGAAGAAACAACUGCAACCACAACCACAACUAUCGAACGUGAGCGGUAGGAUGACACCAAGUAGGCAUGGUCAUCGACCAAGCAUAAGUUCGAUAUCAAUUGCAUCGGUUGUCGCCGAACGAGAGCAAGUUCGUCCUGUAUCACCGGCUCCUUCAAAGGAGUCUCUUUUAAGCAAUCAACCUUCCUCAGAUUUUAAGCCUUUGCAUUGUCUGUCACCUCCUCAUAGCCGUCCAAAGCCAGUCACGAAUCCGGCUACAUUACUUACCGAUGAAGUGAGGAUACAAUACCAAAAUCGAUUCAGUCUGGCAAAACGAUGGGUCGAAGAUGACGAUGUGACAACGUGUCAGCACGAGUCAUGUAACAUUCGAUUCAAUUUGUGGCGCCGAAGGCAUCACUGUCGAAGGUGCGGAAAUAUAUUUUGUAGCACACACAGCGAUUAUUCAAUGUUAUUGUUUCCUGAUGGCACCGAAGAUUGGGGCGGUGUAUGGUCGAGGCUCAGACGGGUGACCGGAACGCAGGUUACCAUUAUUCCGUCAUCCUUGGACCCCUUUGAUCCCUUUGGCGAGUCGAUAACGCGUGUUUGCAUUCACAUACGCGCUCACAUCGGAAAUUUUACAUUCGCACAUGCCGGGCAUGACGAGGUGGCAUGCGGAGGAGUCCGCCCGUACCUGCGUUCAGGCAUAGUAAUUGUAGUUCUUGCAUCAAGCAAGCAUGAUGCAUUAAUUGACAUAAAGUUGCGUGAAAUGAAAAUUUACACGGCAUCAAUAGUUUUCAACACCUGCGCAACAAUACCCUUUCCAACCCCUUUCUGUUGUGCCCUUCGUGCACCAAUACUGACAAUAAAUCUUUACGCUCUAUUUUACGCUUCACACGCCUCGCGCUGA